CGCACUUUUGAUAGCCACUUGUCAAAGGCGAACUGAAAUUCUACGGCGAUGGCUAUUGCCGACAGCUCCAAACUUCUGUUGAUUAGAAUGACUUUAUUUUCAAUCUACGUCCUACUUGGUGCAUUUAUUUUUCAAGCUAUUGAAAGCGAACCUCAGAUGAAAGAAAUAGAUCGAGUUCGCGCCACGCGAAUGGAAAUUUUGAACAGGUAUAACAUUACUGCGGAAGACGCUGAAAAAUGGAUGAAAACCUUCGCCUCUACGUCGAUGGGAAAUGAGGAUUUUCUGCACUGGAAUUACGGAAAUUCUUUUCUAUUUGCAAUGGUCGUGGUUACAACUAUAGGUAAGAUUUUUAUUGUUUCGAAUUUCAGCUCAAUUUAAAUGCAAAAAUUAUAACACAUUUUACCAAAUUGUGUUUGAAAAGAAAAGUUAAAUGUAGUUGCCUUUCUUUAAAGGUCUGACAAAUGUUUGUAUAUGACUUCAGCUAUUGUAGCUGUAAAAAAGGACAUUUUUGACUUGUUUUGAAUUCUUAUUGAAUUCAGUUUAAUCUGUUCUUGAAAUUGCACGCUCCCUUUUGAAAUUAAUCGUUCGUACUUCAGUUCCAACAAAAUCUUAUAUGGGGAGGUUCCGCCCAGAGCUCCAACCCUUACCCUUUUAUAUGCCAUUUUUGAUAGAAAAAGUACCCCUUUCGUAAACCUUCCAUUGAAAAAAUUACCCCUUUAACGAACCUACUUAAUAACAAAAUCGCUAAAACAAAAAGUCUCUUUUCGUUUUCGCGAAACGUUUUAUAAGUUAAAAUGAUUGAGGCAUAAGGCGCAUCUUUUCGAAACAUUUCAAGACGGAAUCCACCAGAACAUUGAGUAAUUUUGAUUUUCAGUGGACAAAAAUCUUGCCUCAGAAUAAUUUAAAGCAUAUUGCAUUCUUUCUUAAAUUUUUCAAGGGCUAAAGAUGUAAUAAAUCAUCUGUAGCUAGUAACACCAAAAAAAAUUUCUUAUGGGAGUCCGAGAAAAUGAUUGUCAAAUUUCACAAAAUUACAUCUUACACAUGAAAUUUUCAGAAUUUUACCUGUACAAUCAUAAUUUUUGUGAAAUAUUCAUUAAAUUAUUCUGAUACAAGAUUUUCGUCCACUGAAAAUUUGAAAUUACUCAAUGUUCUGAUGGAUUCCGUCUUAAUUAAAGGCCCUUUUAAGGUUGAUAGGGUUUUUCGGGGUCAAUACCUCCCAAGUUUGAGUGUAAACUACGUCGUCAUAGACAGAGAUUUGGAAAAACUGCCACCACAGCUGUAUUAGAUCUCUCUUGAUUAGAUAAAGAAGAAAAUUUGUUAUGAUCAGGGUUGCAAUGACAUCGGAGCUGUCAUAGCAACGAAAUGACGCAAUCACUCAUUGGUGGCGUAGUUUAUGCCCAAACUUGGGAGGUAUUAACCCUGAAAAACCCUAUCGAGCCACCUCAAAUACUUGAAUAAAAGAUUUUCCUACCCUUUCAUAUUGCUGGUUUGCACGGGACGUCACGGCGGCAAUGUUGGUGGUCAAGGACCAAAGCAUUUCUCUCCUCUGGGAACAAAACUCUAUUUUCAUGUAAAUUCUUCAAGAAAAAAUUCUAUUGUAUUGACCCUCAACAUGACCCGGCCCUAUCACGUGGUUGCAAACAAAGAAUACUUCAACUCGUGAAUUCCCCACUGUUUGAUACACCUUAAGUCUUCGAAAGCCCCUGUCGGGCGGAGUAUCCCCUUAUAGAUAGAGAGUGGCCCCCGGGUUUCAGUAGUACUGAGAAAAAUAAUUGUACCUGAGAGAGUGAAUUACAGAGCUUAAUUUUUCUUUCAUUCUUUCCACUUUUAUUUGCAUACAUUUUAAAAGAAAAUCACCAAAUCUGAGCAGAAUUGAACUAAUAAAAAAAUUUCAUUAAGUGGUUCACACUGAAUUUUCGGUUGGUUAAAAAAAGAAAAACUAAAACCAUUUCAUACAUUUUCAAUUCGGAGUGGGUAACAACGUUAUAAUUGUUAUGUGUAUUUUAGUUGUUCUUUUAAUAUAUAAAUAAAAUGAGCCCGACAAGGUUAUCACAAUACGUGAAAAAGAGUGAAAAUGACAGCCUUUAAUAGCGUGACUUAUACAAAAAUGAAUUUUUUUGGCAGGCUAUGGUAACAUUGUCCCAAAAACAGUCCAAGGACGUCUGUUUUGCGUGCUAUACGCACUCAUCGGAAUCCCUGGGACAUGCUUGACUCUUAAAUCCAUCGGAGAUAAAAUAACGGAACUAUUUACAAAAUUAAUUACAAACUUCGAGAAACGCGUUUUGAAAAGAUCACAUCUGCCUCAAAAAGUGGAGCUAAAAGUUGCGAUGACAACGAUUGUGGUAACUGUGGUUUGUCUACUACCAUUAAUGGCUCUCUUGGUUCACGUGAGACACAAGGAAUGGUCAUAUAUCGAAUGUUUUUACUUUACUUUCACGACUUUGAGUACAAUUGGUUUUGGCGAUUACUUGCCGCAAUUUAAGAACAACGCUGAUUAUUCACUUGUACUCCUGGCGUUUGUGGGUCUCGCUUUCGUAUCGAGCAUAUUUUGCUCAAUGAACAAUGUGCUUGAGCAGUAUGGGCCGAGUGCGCGCGUUGUGCGGUCACUGCGCGAGAAGAACGCAAAGAAGUCUUCGGAAGAAAAAUCAAGUAAUAACAAUGAACAAUUGCCCUGUAACGGGAACGAAAUAAUGGCGGAAGCAUGUAGUGAUGGUAAAAAAGGCGAUUUGAACAACUGCCUUCUAAAGACAGGCGACAGUACCAAGCAGGAUGAUGUGCCAAUUUCCGGUUCAGGAAGAAACAGUUUUGCGGAAGAAACAACUAUGAAAAGUAAGAAGCGUGAAAGCUCGAUCAGCCUUGGAAUAUUUACUUGCUAAAUAGGAUUGGUUACUGGGUCUGCAAGCUUUGACUUUUGACCCGGCUGUAGAAAUUUUUUCUGGGUUGUUCAGCCUUGCUUUUGGUGGAUUUUCUUGCAAGGUAUUACUGAUAAGUCGAUUGAAGGUGGAUCCAGGCCGAAAUAUGGGUUCGAAACACAAGCAUGAUAAGAAACGUAGCCUAAGAAAAGUAAGCAAAGCAAGAAGAAGUAGUAACAAAAUUAAAUGGUC